AGGGAGUUGUAAAACAGUGAUUCACAGACAGAUCUUCAGUAAGAGUCCAUCAUGAAGGUUCACAUUGCAGCGGUGAUUUUCACUGUUCUUCUGCACACAGUAUGGGGUCAGAUCCCAGUUGUGUCCAUCAGGCCCCGCACGGCUGCCGUUAAACCCGGCGAGACUGUGAGCUUCCAGUGCCGCAUGGUGAGCGGGUCGCAGCCCGUCCAGCUGGAGUGGAAGAAGAUCAACAACCAGCAAUUGGGAGAUAAUGUUAAGAUCGGAUCUGAUGGUGCUGUUCUGACUAUCACCAAUGUCCGUCUCAAUAACCAGGGCGGAUACCGCUGCAUUGCAACUAAUGCACAGGGAAAAGGGACUGUCACUGCCUCCCUGUCCAUAAAACAGCCUCCAAAGGUUCGAGUGACGCCAUCCAGCCCACUGAUGGUCAGAGUGGGUGAGACCGCGUCUCUAGAAUGCAACGCCUCAGGGAGGCCACACCCCUCCAUCAGCUGGUACAAAGAGAAAGGAGGAAGUGAGAUGGCACUUAAUUCCAUCAUGACAGCAGAAACCACAGCUGUGCUGCAGGUGACUGUGAUGACAGCAGAGGAUGCUGGGAUAUUUGUGUGUCGUGCUCAGAGCAGAGAGGGGCUUGCUGAGAAGAGGGUGGAGCUUAAACUGGAGGGCGGGGCUGAUAUGCCCCAGGCAUCAGUAACCGAUACAGAUCUCACAGCCGUCGAAGGCCAUACGGUGACCAUGCACUGCCAUGCUAGAGGUAUGCCCACUCCAGUCAUUUCCUGGUCUAAACUGCGAGCACCGUUGCCAUGGCAGCACAAGGUGACCGGAGGAAGUCUUACUCUUAUUAACGUGGGACGACAAGAUUCAGGCCAGUACAUCUGCAACGCCACAAAUGCUUUGGGAUUCAGCGAGGCGUACGUGCAGUUGGAGGUGGAUUCCCCUCCCUAUGCCACCACAUUGACGGAAGAAAUAGUCGCGCGUCGAGGAGAUGCCAUGCGUCUGCAGUGUCUCGCCCAUGGCACUCAUCCAAUCCGCUACCGCUGGACACGUGUGGGCGGGGCAGCCAUGUCCCCAGGGGCAGAGACCACCAAAGAUGGCUUGUUGAAGAUUGGUCAGCUGAAAGUAACGGACAGCGGAACAUAUAAGUGUGUGGCGACUAAUCACGUGGGCUCCAGUGAAGCUAUAACCAAAGUCACUGUGAAAGCUUAAUUACAGACCAUCUUCAACAGUCUGCUGCUGAUGGUAAAGAUUUGUACAUUAAUUAAUAUAUAUAUAUAUAUAUAUAUAUAUAUAUAUAUAUAUAUA